CACUUGAGGCAUUAAGAGUUGCUCAGUAGGUUGCUGAAUUAUUGCAACUCGGGAGCCAGACUAUGACAGUGAACUGACAUGUGCUUGUGGCCACCUGAGCACUGUGUUUUGAUGAAGGAAAAGAACCUUUCGCAGAUGCAGUAGAGACUUCUGUUUGAUGAGGAGUGGAGAUGGCCAAGGAGAGGAUGUACCCUAACUGGAAAUUUCAGUCGUCACCAAAGUGUACAUUGUCAUGGUCCAUUUGAAUGCAGUUGCUUCUGUUCUCUCUGUGGCUGGCACUGAUCUCAGUUUAUCCUUUGAGAUUCAGCAGAAGAUCCCAAUGGAGGAGGAUGAUACCCAGAGAGAGGUGCCCAAGGAAGAUGGAGUUGGUGAUGUGCAACAUUUCGAUUCCAGCAAGAUUAUGGAAGAGCAUAGCUACAUACAAAAGGAGCUAGAUUUAGAAAAUGGUAGCUUAGAGGAAGACGCUGUGGUGCAUUCUGUUGAGAACAAUUUCCAAAACAUGAUGGAGAGCCUCAGCCCAAAGAAAUACUCUUCCAGUCUGAGAUUUAAAGCCAAUGGAGACUAUUCUGGCUCCUAUUUAACCCUCUCACAACCUGUGCCUGCAAAGAGAAGCCCUUCUCCUUUGGGAACCAGUGUGAAAAGCAGCCCCUCCUUAGCCAAAAUCCAGGGAAGCAAGCAGUUCUCUUAUGAUGGAACUGACAAAAAUAUUGCUAUGAAACCUCCAACUCCUUUACUCAGCACUACAUCCUCCCUCAGCGGAUAUCCACUUGGAAGAGCAGACUUUGAUCAUUAUACUGGCCGGGACAGUGAAAGGGCCUUGAGGCUCUCAGAGAAGCCUCCGUAUUCCAAGUAUAGCUCAAGGAAUAAAUCGCACGACAAUGUCUACUUUCUCGGAGGGCUGGAAGGUCGGAAGGCAUCUGGCUCGCUCCUGGCCAUGUGGAAUGGAAGUUCCCUGAGUGAUGCUGGCCCCCCUCCUAUCAGCAGAUCGGGAGCUGCAAGCAUGCCUUCAAGCCCAAAGCAAGCCAGGAAAAUGAGCAUUCAGGACAGCCUGACGCUUCAACCCAAGUUAACUAGACACAAGGAGCUUGCAUCUGAAAACAUCAAUUUGAGAACUAGGAAGUACUCCAGCAGCAGCCUGAGUCACAUGGGAGCCUACAGCCGAUCACUUCCCAGGUUGUACAAAGCCACGGAGAACCAGCUGACACCUCUCAGCUUGCCUCCAAGAAACUCUCUGGGCAAUUCCAAACGAACAAAACUUGGGGAAAAGGAUCUACCUCAUAGCAUAAUAGACAAUGACAAUUACCUUAAUUUUUCUUCUUUGAGCUCAGGGGCUUUACCCUAUAAAACCUCUGCUUCUGAAGGCAAUCCUUAUGUAAGUUCUACCCUCAGUGUCCCUGCCAGUCCUCGAGUGGCUCGGAAGAUGCUUCUGGCCUCCACCUCUUCCUGCGCCUCUGAUGACUUUGAUCGGGCUUCAUACGUGGGGACAAACCCGAGUCAUUCACUUCUUGCUGGAGAGUCAGACAGAGUGUUUGCGACCAGGAGGAACUUCUCUUGUGGAUCUGUGGAAUUUGAUGAGGCUGAUUUGGAAAGCCUCAGACAGACCUCAGGAACCCCCCAGCCUGUCCUUCGGGAACGGAAAAGCAGCAUUAGCUCCAUUUCAGGACGUGAUGACCUGAUGGAUUAUCACCGGCGGCAGAGGGAGGAAAGACUGAGGGAGCAGGAGAUGGAGCGAUUGGAGAGACAGCGUCUGGAGACCAUCCUCAGUCUCUGUGCUGAAUACACAAAGCCUGACAGUCGCUUAUCUACUGGGACCACUGUGGCAGAUGUGCAGAAAAUCAACAAGGAGCUUGAGAAGCUGCAGCUCUCUGAUGAGGAGUCUGUGUUUGAAGAAGCCCUCCUGAGCCCUGACACAAGAUACAGGUGCCACCGGAAAGACUCCCUCCCUGAUGCAGACUUGGCAAGCUGUGGGAGUCUCACUCAGAGCAGUGCCAGCUUCUUUACCCCCAGGAGCACCAGGAAUGAUGAACUACUCAGCGACCUCACCCGGACUCCGCCACCACCAUCCUCCACCUUUCCGAAAGCUUCCAGCGAAUCCUCUUAUCUAAGUAUCCUACCAAAGACCCCAGAGGGUAUAAGUGAAGAACAGAGAUCUCAGGAGUUGGCUGCGAUGGAAGAAACCCGGAUGGUCAUUCUGAACAACCUCGAGGAACUUAAACAAAAAAUCAAAGACAUAAAUGAUCAGAUGGAUGAAUCUUACAGAGAGUUGGAUAUGGAAUGUGCUCUUUUGGAUGGAGAACAGAAAUCUGAAACAACUGAACUUAUGAAGGAGAAGGAGAUUUUGGAUCAUCUAAACCGGAAAAUAGCUGAACUGGAAAAGAACAUUGUUGGUGAAAAGACCAAGGAGAAGGUAAAGCUUGAUGCUGAAAGGGAAAAACUAGAGAGGCUUCAGGAGCUUUACUCCGAGCAGAAGACCCAGCUGGACAAUUGUCCUGAGUCCAUGAGGGAACAGUUACAACAACAACUGAAGAGGGAUGCUGACCUGUUGGAUGUUGAAAGCAAACACUUUGAAGACCUGGAGUUCCAGCAGCUUGAACAUGAGAGCCGUCUAGAUGAAGAAAAGGAGAACUUGACUCAACAGCUCCUGCGUGAAGUUGCUGAAUAUCAACGGAACAUCGUUUCUAGAAAGGAAAAAAUUUCUGCAUUGAAAAAGCAAGCCAAUCACAUUGUUCAGCAGGCUCAGAGAGAACAAGAUCAUUUUGUGAAAGAAAAGAAUAAUUUAAUAAUGAUGUUACAAAGAGAAAAGGAGAAUCUUUGUAAUUUGGAAAAGAAAUACUCCAGCCUCUCUGGGGGGAAAGGGUUUCCCGUUAACCCCAAUACUUUAAAAGAGGGCUAUAUCAGUGUAAAUGAGAUUAAUGAGCCAUGUGGCAAUUCCACGAAUCUAUCCCCUUCCACUCAGUUUCCUGCUGAUGCUGAUGCUGUUGCCGCUGAGCCUGCCACAGCUGUGCUGGCGAGCCAACCUCAGAGUAAAGAGCAAAGAUCACCUGUCUAUUCUGGAUUUGUGUUUCCUUCCACCCUUUCUUCUCAUCCUAUCACUCAACAUACAUCAGCCCCAUGGCCUGAAUUCAUGGCUACAUCUGUCGAUCCUUUACCUUUAAAUGACACACCUCCUCCUCUACCAGCUAAGAAACACAGAAGGCAGCAGCAGCAGCAGGAGCAACAGCACUUUAGAAGUCUGGAAGAAAGGAAAAAACAGCAUAAAGAAGGCCUCUAUCUGAGCGAUACUUUGCCUCGAAAGAAAACCUCAACUUCCAUCUCCCCACAUUUCAGCAGUGCUACUAUGGGGAGAAGCAUCACCCCAAAGGCCCACGUGCCCCUGGGACAGAGUAACAGCUGUGGAAGCGUGCUCCCUCCCUCACUGGCAGCCAUGGCCAAAGACUCAGAAUCUCGCAGGAUGCUCAGAGGAAAGUCCAAGAAAGGAAGAAUGAAUUCCUCAGCAGGAGCAAUUAGUAAUUCCAAAAGUUCAAGUGUCAAAGGUUAUAAUCACCAACAGAUGAGUGAAGGACACAGGCAGAAAUCUGAAUUUUACAACCGCACAGCAUCUGAAUCAAAUGUCUACUUGAAUAGUUUCCAUUAUCCAGAUCACAGCUACAAGGACCAGGCCUUUGAUACUUUGAGCUUAGAUAGCUCUGAUAGCAUGGAGACCAGCAUCUCUGCUUGCUCACCUGACAACAUCUCUAGUGCCAGCACUUCAAAUAUUGCUAGAAUAGAAGAAAUGGAGAGACUUUUGAAGCAGGCUCAUGCAGAAAGGACGCGGCUGCUCGAAUCCAGGGAACGGGAAAUGGAAGCCAAAAAACGAGCCCUGGAAGAAGAAAAACGACGCCGGGAAAUCCUGGAAAAACGAUUACAGGAAGAAACUAGCCAGAGGCAGAAGUUAAUAGAAAAGGAAGUAAAAAUAAGGGAGAAACAAAGGGCACAGGCUCGUCCUUUGACACGCUACCUGCCUGUCCGGAAGGAAGACUUUGAUUUGCGGAGCCACGUAGAGACUGCUGGCCACAAUAUUGACACCUGUUACCAUGUAUCAAUCACAGAGAAGACCUGCCGAGGAUUCCUCAUCAAAAUGGGUGGGAAAAUUAAAACGUGGAAAAAACGUUGGUUUGUUUUUGAUCGGAACAAGCGAACAUUCUCUUAUUAUGCAGACAAGCAUGAAACUAAAUUGAAAGGAGUAAUAUACUUUCAAGCCAUUGAAGAAGUGUAUUAUGAUCACCUCAAGAAUGCUAAUAAGAGUCCUAAUCCGUUACUCACCUUUAGCGUCAAGACUCAUGACAGAAUCUAUUAUAUGGUGGCCCCAUCGCCAGAAGCCAUGCGGAUCUGGAUGGAUGUUAUAGUUACAGGGGCAGAAGGUUACACUCACUUCUUGUUGUAGUGAACUGAGGCAACAGUCCACUUCAGGGCAAACUGCAAUAAUCUCUUACAAGAAUGAAGCCAUAUUCAAUCCCGGAUGAGAAAACCCAACAGAUCCAUCCCUUGAACUGUAAACACUCAGAACUCCUUUCAUAUCAAGACAAGUUAUUUGUAAAAAGGAAAGAAGGGGUUUUAACACAAACCUUGAUAACAAAUAGCAAAAGAAUUGAAGCUUUCAUGAGAAAGAAAACACUAUUUUGAUAAAUUGGAUCACUUACAGGAACAUUUCUUAUAAACUGUUUUUAAUCAGUUGUUGCAUUUGGUUAAAUAGGUUACAGAAUAUCUGUAUAUACUUGGAAAUAUAGAAUAACUUUAUCACCCAAAUCAUUGGCAUUGACAUUAUUGGUAAUCAACUGGCUUUUUUAAAAAAAGGUAGCAUUUUGUUGACAGUUAUUUUGUAAACAUAAGCAAAUAAGGGCUUGGAGGGAAAUACAUUUUAGGAGGAGUUUUGCCUUAAUUUUUUAAGUACUGCACCAAAACCAAAGACCUGACCUGACUUCUGUGGAACAGUAGUAACUGCAAGUGAUGAACUGCAUUUUGUAUUGUUCUGUAUAUUGCAAAAUGGUAUUCUGAUGCCAUCAAAUGCCCAGGAAAUUGACUUUGCAGUGUCACCACUGGUGUAAGCUUAUAUAUAUAUAUAUAUAUUUAUACAUAUAUAUUUAUAUAUGUGUAUAUAUGUGUGUGUGUAUAUAUAUAUAUUAAACCACUUUUUGGAAAAGAAGAAAGAGCAAAAGGCUGUGUGUUUUAGAAAAAAGUCAUGUUACAUAACAGGCAUUCUGUCAUGUUGAACAAUUUUAAAUAAAGAGAAUAUCUGGUGUUAGGAGCUUGUUUUGCUGAAUAUUUCUGCAUUCCUGGUGCUGAGAAUAAAGGCAACCAGUAGCCAAUGUCCUUUAGAUUGUCUGAUUCCUUUUUGUUUUGGAGCACACCUGCUAACUGCUGCCUAGACAUAACUAUGAAAUCAUAACUCUGUUUUCACCAAAGAACAGACCAAUUAAAAUACUUCUUUGCAGAAGUGGUGUAGUUCUACAAAGUGGCAAAUGAAGUUCAACUUAAUGUUCUCUAUAAUGUAUUAUUUUAUUAUGGUUUUUUUUUUACAAUUAGCCUUUUUUUAGUUAAUUUUUGUCAAAUGAAACGACUUCAGGCAAGUCUCUUUUAUAAUGGUUUUUCCAGUGCCAUUUAUUCUAGUUUAUCAUGUUUUGCAUGCUUGAAAGUAUGAAUGUGCUCUUUCCUAAAACAUGGCAAAUGAAUAGAUGUAGAGUAAAGAUAUUACUUACAAGAUGAAAUGAUUAGAUUAGAAGUGUCUCUUUAUUAAACUUUGUCAGCCUGACUGGGUACAAUUCUUUUGUUAAUUUGCAGUGUGGUUUGUAGACACGUAUACAUGUUGUCAAUAAUAAGAUUUUGCAACUGGAUGACACAAGAUUUUACUUGAACAACGAAGGGCAAAAAUCAUGAUUGUGGAAGACAUUUUUUAAAUCUGAUUUUGCAGUGAUCACUUUUAAACCCUGUAGUGAUGUAAGACUAAAAUGUAAUUGCUAAGAUUUUGUUGGUUAAUGUAAAGAUACGACUUUUCUGCACUGUACUCUCUUCAUAGGAUUGUAAAGGUGUUCUAAUACAAUUGCAUGAUGUAGUAAGCCUCUUAAAUAUGUGUGUUAAAUAUAUUGAGUUUGGAUUAAAAUGUUAUCUGAUUUCACAUUUGAAAAUAAACUCAUCUCUCAUUUUGAAGUUA